CAGUCCCAACAACCGGCCCACACACACCCGCACCAUGGCAGACGACAGACGCGGCGGCGGAGAUCGGAUUCGCGAGCGCCGAGACAGAGACGACUUCCGAGACUCGCGAAACGGCGGUCGUGACCGUGCAAACGCACCCGAUAGCCGCAAUCGUUCGCGCAGCCCGCGACGCGAUGGCGGAGACCGACGCGGCGGCUACCGUGACCGCUCGCCGCCCGGCCGUGGUGGAGAUAGAGGGAGAGGCAGAGGCCGAGGAAGCAGGGGCAGGGGCGGUUGGGACGGCGACCGCGGCGGCGACAGACGGCAAUACAACGACAGAGACGUACGCGACCCUCGCUCCAACCGCGAACCACCCACAGGGCCCCGCGGCGCACCUGCAGGCCCCAGGCGGGAAUUCAACCCAGGUGGCGCUCCCAAGGCUCCCGCCGACUCGUGCGCAGCUGCCAGCCCAGAGGCAGACGAGGACGUAAAGAUGGAGGAGCAGCCACAGCGCCAGCGACCUGAAGGCAUGGAUGAUGACACAUGGGAGAUGGCGCAGGUCAUGGGCUUCGCGCGCUUCAAAAGCACCAAAAACACAAAGGUGCCUGGGAAUGACAAGAAUUACGGCGUGAGGAGGGAGAAGAAGAUGGAAGCGAGACAGUAUAUGAACCGUCAAGGUGGAUUUAAUAGGCCGCUUUCGCCAUCGCACGGCUGAGGGAGAAGACAAGCCGUCGAUCAACUUUCGCACCUCCACAAAGCAUUGCUUCUAGGAAAGCAUUCAGAGCACGUAUUGUUCCUGCAGGAUGAUGCCCAAGUGCCCAACAGUAGGACAAGGCUUUGGGCGCAUAGCUGCAACUCCAGAGGCCAUACAGCUGGAGCAUGCGUAACCCGACAAACGCUGCGAGAUACCCUUUUCAUACCCGGUUCACGAGCCAAGCACCCGAGCUACGGUACGGCCUUCUUUCGUCAUUUGUUCCAGCUUGCGAACGUGGAUCAGUCUGACAAACCGACAUCAGAGACGAGCAAAACGAAUUGGCUUGGCGGCGGAAGUUGAGUUAGGUUCUGUACUCGUCCAGAACAUGUGCAGUCCUUUGGAUGAGAGCAGUUCGAGCACCCUAAUGCCAUCAUACAGCAGGUCAGAGUUAACAUC